AUGGUGCCUCGGAAUCGCCCGAAACCUCGAAUCACCUGGGGGAUGCGCCUGCGGAGAUUCUUCUACAACCUUGAGUCACCUCUCCAGCUCCGCGGCACCCUCACGCGCCUAAGCCACCGGCACAAGCACCCUUUCCUAGCCUUGCUCCGCCUGCUCCUCCCACUGCCGACAUGGCACUUUCGCCUCCCCGACCCGGUUCCCGUGAAGACUAUGCUGAACAAUGUCGCGCUACUGCAGUCGCGCAAGGCAUCCGCCGACCUCACCAACAUGCGCUCUGUGCCUCUGUGGCGUGCUCGAGAUACCCCCCUUCGCGCCCUCUACCGAAUAUACGAGGCUGUGGUUGCGCGGGAGUUCUACGCUAUCGGGGCGGAGGUCGAGUACUUCUGGUACCAGUCGCGGGGAUCCUGGGCUGCGAAUCGCAUACCGGAUCCCGCCGACCGCGACCCGGUGCGGUAUGCCAUUCUGGCGUGCAUCGCCGAGGAACUGGCGCGGGCGUUUAACUGGCGUAUGAGCCUGGGAAUGCGACGCGACAAGAGCAAGCACGUAUACCGGAAGACGUUCGAGGACCGCCUGCCGUCAUUCACACCGGAGACUGCACCUGGCUGGGUCAGGAGGGUGCCCCCGAUCGAUGUCGAGUUGAUUGCAGACCUGCCGGCAGAUCUGCUAGAUUCUGCGGGCAGACUUGUGCUCGAAGAAGGGGGUGAGAAUCCUAUAUUCGCGGAACGGAACAUUAUCAUCGACACCGGCCACUUCUACACAGUUUAG